AUUUGUUUAAAGCAGGAAAUAAAAGUCUUUUGCUCUCGUUUUAUUUUUCGAAAUAAUCAUGCAUUGAUAUGUGAGGUGAUGAUCGAGAGUUUGAAUAAAAGUUGGAUUGAAGUAAGAGGAAAAUGGACAUCAAACUUUGAAAGUCUCAGUUUGAAUAAAGAAGAAAAGGGAAACACAACGUCUUUAUUCUUUCCACCUCAAGUUUGGACUUCAGCAGGGGUUAUCAUAGAUAGUUAAAAAGAUUUUAAAGGAAAUAAACUUUCUUUAUGUGCAAUAAAACUUUACAUUAACAAUUUUUAUUAUUUAAAUAGUAAAAAGAGAUCGUAAUUUAUCUUUACCUGUUUCGGAAAAAUCUAUUUAAACCACAAGUGGAGUGAUUGUCUCAAAGUUGUUCCACUGAAAUAUUCAAAGUGAAAGGAUCAUUUUUCGUUAUUAAAAAAUGUUAAUUUUUCUUUCAAUUUUCUUCCUAAUUGGAUAUGGAAUCUAUCUUUUCCUUAUAUGGAACUACAAGCAUUGGGAAAAGAGAGGAAUCCCUUUUCUCGAACCAAAACUCAUCUGUGGAAAUCUUCCUGGUAUUCUAAUGCGACGUCACCACAUUAUAUAUGAUUUGGAUAACAUUUACAAACAAUUUAAGGAUAAAUAUUCAUUCGUUGGAAUCUACAAUAUGCGAGAGCCGCAGUAUUUGGUAACUGAUGCAAGUAUCGUCAGAGAUAUUCUUAUCAGCAAAUUUAACAAUUUCCAAGACGUCGAAUAUGCCGAUAUGACUGAUAAGAAAAAGGAUCCAAUUCUGGGAAAUAAUCCCUUAUUGCUGAAAGGUGAAGAGUGGAGAGAAAAACGGGCUGAAAUCACGCCUGCAUUCACGCAGCUAAGGAUUAAGGCAGUAUACCCAUUAAUUGAGCAUAUUUGCACCCACCUCAAGAGCUUUAUCCUCAAAACGGAUGGACAUUGUGUUGAUGUAAAAGAAAUGUGCGCAAUGUAUGGAUCAGAUAUCAUUUCUAGUUGUAUUUUUGGGUCUGAUGAUGGAGCUCUAUCCAGCGGGAGGAUUCCAAUUCGAGAAUCGGGAAACAAAAUUUGUCCCACCUCAUCAAAAAUUAAGUACUUUAUCCUCCUUAUUCAAAUGAUACCCAGUUUAAAAGGUAUCUUCAAAAUCUCCAUAGUUGACAAAUCUGUUGAGAAAUAUUUUGUGAAUCUGCUAAAGAAAGCCAUUGAAUUGCGAAAGAAGAGCAAGAUAAAUCGCAUGGACUACCUAAGCUACCUCAUUGAGCUUCAAACCAAGAAGAAUCUUACUAUAUUGGAGAUGACAUCCCACUGUGUAUCAUUCUUCAUCGAAGGCUUUGAAACAUCUAGCCUCAUUCUUACAUUCGCUCUCUACCACUUGGGUAGGAACCCUGAUGUUCAGACUAAGCUUAGAACUGAGAUCGAGGAAACUAUUGCAAAGCAUGGGAGCAUAAGUUUUGAAGUUGCUCAGGAAAUGCCCUACCUUGAACAAGUUCUUAUGGAGACACUUCGUCUCUACUCUCCAGGUGUUUACUUACGCAAAACCUGCACUGAAUCCUGUGAACUACCCCUAACUCCAACCAAAAUGAUGCCAAUAGAAAAGGGUUAUAAUAUAAUAAUACCAUCUUACAGUAUCAAUCGUGAUUCUAGAUAUUUUGAAGAUCCUGAAAAGUUUAAUCCUGAUCGGUUUUCCCCCGAAAAAGGUGGGGCGAAAAUAUACGGUGACAAGGGAAUUUUUCUUCCUUUCGGCGAUGGCCCAAGAAAGUGCAUGGGGAUGAAUUUUGGCAAGGCACAACUUAAAGCAGGCAUCAUUGCCGUUAUUGAGGAAUUUGAAAUAGAAGUUGAUAAUAAAACGCCUAAGGAGUUCGUGUUGAAUCCCAAAGAAAUAUGUCCUGGAGUUGUUGGAAAGAUUUGGCUGAGAUUUAAGAAGAUUAAGGGAUAGACUGCCAAAGUGAAAACUUUAAUUAAACUUGGGACUUUUAAUUUGUAUUUUUUUCGAUUUAUGGGAAGACUUUAGCUUACCUACCUUGAUAUGUAUGUAAGGAGCCAGGUUGAAUAAAACUUAUUUAAAAAGAAA